AGAUCUCUGCGAGUGACCUGAGCAGCAGUGGUUAUGGUGUCGCCCUCAUUGGCAGCCCUGCUUCUGGCGCUGGUGCUGGUGUGCAGGGCUCACGGCUCCGCCGACCCGGGCGAGCCGCUGUUCCUGACCCCGCUGAUCGAGGCCGCGGAGCUGCAGCAGGCCCGCGAACAGAGCAGGGUGCUCGGCCUUCCCGGCGCCGGCGCCAAUGUCACCAGUCACUCCGGCUUUAUCACCGUCGACAAGGAGCGCAACUCGAACCUCUUCUUCUGGUUCUUCGAGUGUCAGCAGGCGUCUCCGCUCGAGGCUCCAGUUCUGCUCUGGCUACAGGGUGGCCCGGGCGCUUCAAGUCUCUACGGCCUGUUUGCAGAAAAUGGCCCAUUCAGUGUCGACACUGAUUUGAAUCUGGUUGCUCGUAACUUCAGCUGGAGCAAUACCCACAACCUGCUGUAUAUCGACAAUCCCACAGGCACAGGAUUCAGCUUUACCUAUGACGAGCAAGGCUUUGCCAGGAACGAGGAAGACGUGGCUCGUGAUCUGUAUUCGGCUCUUACGCAGUUCUUCACCGCAUUUGAGAAGUUCCGUGACAAUGAAUUUUACGUGUCCGGGGAGUCGUAUGCAGGCAAGUAUCUGCCAGCAAUCGUCAACAAGAUUCACGUGGAAAACCCAACAGCCGAGGUGAAAAUAAACCUGAAAGGCAUGGCGAUCGGUGAUGGAUUCGUCGAUCCAAUCAAUCAGGUGGACUACAGUGAGUACUUCUACAAUGUCGGAUUGGUUGACGCCAAACAAAGCGAACAGUUCCACGACGUAGCCACGCAAACCGUGGAUCUGAUCAACCAGGGGGAUCUGGCGGAAGCAUUUCUACUGUGGGACACUGUGUUGAUCGGCACGGUCUCUCCCUACCCGACACUCUUCCAGAACAUAACGGGAUUCACCAACCAGUACAACUACCUGCAGCCGAACGACGCAGGAAACGACCCAUUCAACGACUUCCUGAAACUGCCGGCCACGCGAGCUUCCAUCCACGUGGGGAACUUGCCCUACAACGAAGCUGUCGACGCCGUGAUCCACUACAUGAUCAGUGACGAGAUGAACACGACCAAGCCGCUGUUGGCCAGUGCCCUGGACGCCGGCUAUCGAGUGCUCAUCUACAGCGGCCAGCUGGACAUUUGUGUGCCGUACCCGCUGACGCAGCGGUGGCUGGCCUCGAUGGAGUGGCACGGCGCCGAGCAGUACCGGGACGCCGAGCGUGUCAUCUGGCGCGAGCGGGGCGAGAUCGCCGGCUACGUGCGCCAGGUGGACAACCUGUAUGAGGUGCUGGUCCGCAACAGCGGCCAUAUGGUGCCCACCGACCAGCCAGAGGUCGGCUAUGCGCUCAUCACUAGGUUCACGGGCACAUACGGAGCGCAGGGGUGGCAAGACUGAUGCUUCGACGCAAUCUGAUGCUUCGACUCUUUAGUGCCCUGGACGCAAUCUGUCUUGGGCUAAAAUGAGUCUUCAUGCGUAUGUGCGUUCAUGCGAUGGUGAGAUAAAACUAUACCAAAGAAAGCGCCAGCCGCCAACAUGCUUUGAAUCAGGACUCCUCCGAUGUUGGAGAAUGUCGGGCCGACAUUCUGCCGACAUUGUCGGCACCGCGCAUGUAUCUGUCUACAAAUAUAACGUUCCAAUUGA